AUGAACUCGCCCGUGACCCGCAAGCCGAGCCUAAAGCGCCCCCAAGCCGCGAGCUUGUCACCGACCUCGAAGCGCGCUCGCCUCAUUGGCAACUUUACGAUCUCAGUCUCGGCGAAGUUGCUCAAGUCGGACGCAUACCGUGGCCGCUGCAAGUACAAGAGCGGCCGGUGCCCCAACGAGCGCACGCUCAAGUUUAGCGGCGAAGCCCACACGCUCUGCGAAGAGCACCGGCUAAAACACAACAAGAACCAGCGAAAGUCGGACGCCAAGCGACGCGGUGCCAAGCCCGUCAAGAAGGAGCCCAAGACGACGACGACCAAGACAACGACCAAGACGACCACGCUGGACGCUCGCAUCAAGAGCGAGUCCAUGGAUGAUGCCUUCGUCAAGCAAGAAGACGACGACGUGACAAUCAAGCUCGAGCCGGGCCUCCAGAUGGAAGAGAUGGAGAUGCUGACCGCCGACGACCUUGGCCCCGAGUUUGAUCUGGAAGAGAUGGACAUGACGGAGCCCGAGACGUGGUCGGACGACGAGUUAGUUAGUUCCUAUUAA